GGCGGAGGAGGCUGCCAGUCCGCACUCCAGUCAUGUGUUGAAUACAUUACAUUUGGGAGAGUGAGAAAGCGAGAGUGAGAGGGACAAGUCCGCCGCUGGAGACCCACUCCGGUUCUCGCAAGCGGUUCGUAACGGCCAAGCAGACAUACGACAGUGGAUGCAGAUUGUGUUGGCCGCAGGGAAAGGGGGAAGAAAGGAAGUUUCCCCCAAUUUUAUUUGGAGUUGUGCACCAGCAAGUGUGAGGAGAUGCCGUAAAGAUGGAUGCAACUCUCACCGUCGUUUUGGUUUCAACUGGAAGGCACUGAGAGGAGUUUUUUGUUUUUUGAUGACUUCAAUCUCGGGAAGGAACCCAUGAAUGUUUAAAAGAAAGGAGCCAAAAUGAAGACGGCUGCCAAGGGUUUGGGGAAGUCCACCAUGGAUCCUUUGCGAUGCGACGGGUGCUGGAUCAGAAGGAUCGUGCUGAUGUUGUAUGUGGUGCUAGGGCUCGUUUCGGUCCAUUCACCAGUGGUUCAAGGCACUCUGGAUCUACAGCUGGAUGAGGAACAACCGGCAGGAACCAUCGUCGGUGACAUAAGCGCAGGGCUGCCUCCCGGCAUCACCGCGGCCCUCUAUUUCAUUUCUGACCAUGAAGGCACUGGGGUGAGCACCGAUUUGGACAUUGACGAGAGCACGGGAAUCAUUAAGACUGCCAAAGUUCUGGACCGAGAACUGAGGGACAGGUACAACUUCAUAGCUGUAACCAUGACCGGCGUGACGGUGGAGGUGACCAUCAAGGUGAAUGACAUCAACGAUCACGGGCCAACGUUUCCCCAAAAACAUGCUACCUUCAGAAUCCCCGAGCAGACAGCCGUUGGCACUAGGUUUCCUCUUGACCCGGCACUGGAUGCGGAUGGAGGUCAAUUUACCACACAGGGUUACCUCAUUAAGGAUGGAAACAUUGGCCAGGCCUUCACUUUAGAGACCAGAAGGGGAAGCAAUGAAGUCCUGUUUCUGGACUUGGUGGUCAACGCCAUCUUGGACAGGGAGAAACGGUCGACCUAUUCUUUGUCCUUGGAGGGCUUUGAUGGCGGUUCCCCUCAAAGAACCGAUCAAAUGACUUUAGACAUCACCGUCCAGGAUAUCAACGACAACGCUCCUGUGUUUAAUCAGAGCCGCUACCAUGCCAUCAUCUCCGAAAACCUUCAACCGGGAAACAAUAUCUUGCAGGUGUUUGCCACGGACGCCGACGAGGGAGAAAACGGCGCGGUGACUUACGAGAUCAACAGGCGACAAAGCGACCCAGAUCGUUACUUUGUUAUCGAACCCCACACGGGCAUCAUCACGCUCAACAAGCCGCUGGACUUUGAGAUGCGGCGAGUCCAUGAACUGGUGGUGCAAGCCCAAGACAAUGCCACGCAUCCGGAGGUGACCAACGCGUUUGUCACCAUCCACGUCAGAGACUACAAUGACAACCAGCCCACCAUGACAAUAAUCUUUCUCAGCGAGGAUGGCUCUCCUCAAAUCUCGGAGGGCGCACUGCCAGGACAGUACGUGGCCAGAAUCUCUGUCACAGACCCGGACUACGGCGAGUACGCCAACGUUAACGUGUCGCUGGAGGGCGGAGAUGGCAAAUUUGGACUGACCACCAAAGACAAUAUCAUCUAUCUGAUUUGCGUGGAUCAGAUUCUCGAUCGCGAGGAGAGAGAUGUUUAUGACUUGAGGGUGAUGGCAACCGACUCGGGGACGCCCCCUCUCCGGGCCGAAUCUUCGUUCACCAUCGAGGUGACCGACGUCAAUGACAACCCGCCACUGUUCGACCAAACUGUCUAUCGGCAGGUUAUCCCGGAGGUGGUGUUUCCUGGGAGUUUUGUAUUACAGGUGACCGCCAGAGACAAAGACCAGGGGCCCAAUGGGGACAUUACCUACGACAUCCUUCGGGAUAAAGGACCUUUUGCUCACUGGUUCAGCAUAGACGCCAUUACGGGGAUUAUCAGCACUCUGUCUCAACUGGAUUACGAAAAGAACCCCAAUCCCAGCAUAACCGUGGUGGCCACAGACGGGGGGAGGCCGCCGCUGUCGUCGACCGCGGUGGUCAACAUCCUUCUUCAGGAUAUUAACGACAAUGAGCCUGUCUUUGAGAGCAACUUCUACAAUGUCUCCAUCAAUGAGGACACGGCUCCGGGCACGUGCAUACUGAAGGUGAUGGCAACGGAUGAAGACGGCGGUUCCUUUGGCUCCAUCACCUACUCGCUGAGUUCGGGCCCCAACAGUGCCAUGAACUCCCGGUUCACCAUCGACAAGGAGACCGGAGUGAUCUGCACUCGCGGCGCGCUGGACCGGGACCAAGGCCAGAGCAGCUACGACUUCACCGUCACUGCGGUGGACGGGGGGGGGCUGAGCACACUCGCCUACGUGAAGGUAGACGUGCUGGACGUGAAUGAUAACAGACCCGCCUUCUAUCCGCUGAGCUACGCCGUCAGUCUCAGCUCGCAGAGCGCUCCCGGGACCUCAGUGGUCCGAGUGAUCGCCUACGACCCAGACUCGGGAGAGAAUGGCCGGAUUACGUACAAAACUGUAUCUGGGGGGUCUUCUUCUUACUUCACCCUCAACAAAGACACAGGUGUGAUCUCUCUUUCACGCUCCGUCCACGGCAAGGCCAACUCGGUCAUCGCCAUGGUGAUCUCUGCCCAGGACGGCGGCGGUCUGGCCUCCCUGGCGAACGCCAAGGUCAAUAUCAGCGUGGUGGCGGGCGCGGUGGCGGCACCCGUGUUUGAACAGGCGCAGUAUUACUUUGCGGUUUCCGAGGACGUCUUGCAGGGGACCGUCGUGGGUAGCGUGCAGGCCAAGAGUAAGACAGGCCCCCCCAGGGAUAUGGCCUACACCAUCAGCUCCGGGGACCCCGCGGGAUACUUUACAGUGGAUGCAGAUACCGGAGCUUUGCGAACCAGUCUGUCCCUGGAUCACGAAGCCCAGCCCACGCUCGACUUGGAAGUGCAAGUCCGCAGCGGGAACCCCCCGGCGUUCGGUCAGACCCGCGUCCGCGUCACCAUUGAGGACGUCAAUGACAACCCGCCCGUGUUUCUUCCCUCAUCCUCCGAGUCCCUGCUCCUGCCGGAGCACACCGAAAUGGGGACGGUGGUAUAUCGCGUCCAAGCUGAGGACAGAGACUCGGAAGCGAACGGCCAACUGUCCUUUGACCUGUCAUCUCCGAGUGGUGUCCAGAGAACUUUCAGCGUAGAACGCAGCAGCGGUGAGAUAAGACUGGUAGGGUUCCUCGACUAUGAGAGCGUCCCCCGCUAUGACCUCCAAGUGGUGGCCAAAGACAGUGGCGUGCCUCAGCUCAGCGCCACUUUCACGCUCGUGGUCCACGUCCAAGCCGAAAAUGACCAGGGACCCGUGUUUGAUACUCUCAGCUACAGAGUGGAGCUCAAAGAAGGCACGCCCAUCAAUACGCGCUUCCUGCGGGUCCGAGCCCUCAACAGAGAAACCUUGGGCUCGGCUUACUCCAACCCUCUUUCGUAUCACCUGCGACCAGACGGCGACGCCGCCGGCUUCGGCAUCGCUUCGGACAGCGGCUGGCUCUUCGUGAAGAGCGCCCUGGACCGUGAAGUCAAGGACAUGUAUCUUCUGACCGUGCUAGCCAGCGCAGGUCACGGACAGCUGAAAAAGACGGGCAGCGCCACCGUGAGGAUAUCCGUGACGGAUGAGAAUGACAACUCGCCUCGACUGGCGCAGCCCAGAGUCUUCAUGUCCGUGAGGGAAAACCUGCCGGUGGGGACGGGCUUCGGUCACGUGUUGGCCACCGAUCGGGACAGCGGCUCCAACGGACGCCUCGGCUAUCGUCUGCUGCACCCCGACCGCAAUUUCCAGAUAAAUUCGCACACGGGUGAAAUGAGCACCAAGGCCACUCUGGACAGGGAGCAGCAGUCCACCUACCAACUGGCGGUGGUCGUGCAGGACGGAGGCUCGCCUUCACGCAGCGCCACGGGUACCGUCUUUGUCAGUGUGCUGGAUGACAAUGACAACGCCCCGACUUUUGUCCACAGCCACCCGGGGAAAAAGCUCAUCUUACAGGUAUUGGAGGGUCAGUCCUCUGGGGUUCUGCUGGGCACGGUACAAGCCAAAGACCCGGACGAAGGCGAGAAUGGCACCGUACUCUACUCUUUGUCAGGUCCGCGGGUCGAGCGCUUCUUCCUGAAUCCCGACACAGGCGAGCUGCACUCGUCGUCGCCCCUCAGCCACUCGGAGCGCCCCGAGUACUCGUUGACGGUGACGGCGAGCGACCGAGGGCUGCCGCCUCGCAGCUCCUCCUGCUCCGUCACCAUCCAGGUUCUCAACAUGAGCAGACCUUCUUCAAAGUCCAACUGGCAUUCUCUAGCUUUCAACUCCGUGGAGGAGGCCAAGCCGGGUUCGGUGGUCGGCUCCGUCCGCCUUCACGAUGGGGAAACCCCGGCGGAGGGCGAGGUUACCUACAUGGUGGUGGGCGGCACAGACAGGGACGGGACUUUUGUGGUGGACCGCCUGACCGGCGACGUCUACCUGGCUCGGCCUCUCGACUAUGAGCAGGACGCGCACUACGCGCUGAAGAUCGAGGUGGAUGACUUCUCUCAGGCUCCGCCCGUCAGCACCCUGGUCCACGUGGACAUUCACGUAAAGGACAGCAACGACCACGCCCCUCAGUUCCCCGAGGACCCCGUCACGGUGGUCGUUUCGGAGAGCGUCCGGCCGGGUACUUCCGUCUUCACCUUCCAGGCCACGGACAAGGAUGGCAGUGGGCCCAAUAGUGACCUGAGGUACUCCAUCCUCCAGCAGCAUCCGGAGAUACCCGGUCUGCUCACUCUGGACCCUUCCACCGGGGUCCUUACCUUAAACCGAGAGCUGGACCACGAGGUCACCCCCAGCCUGAUCUUGGUGGUCAAAGCAACGGACUCGGCGGCGGACGCCAGCGAGAGGCAGUGGAGCUCGGUCACGGCCAGGAUUUACGUCACAGACGAGAACGACAACCCGCCGGUGUUCAGCUCGCCGACGGCGGUGAGCGUGAUGGAGGACCAGCCCAUCGGUUUCGUGGCGCUCUACGUCAUGGCCAGGGACGCCGACCGAGGGGAAAACGGCAGGGUGACCUACAGAAUCCAGUCGGGCAACACGGGCGGAACGUUCAGCCUCAACCCCAACACCGGUUCUUUGUCCAUCUUCAAAGCACUGGACCGCGAAGAGCAGGAAGUCUUCAACCUAACGGUGGUGGCCGAGGAUCACGGCGCCCCCUGCCGCUCGUCCACUCAGCUGCUGCGCGUCUUUGUGGUCGACGUCAACGACCAAGUGCCCCGUUUCGAGGAGAGCCACUAUGAGGCCCAGAUCUCGGAGAACCAACCGCCAGGGACCGCCGCCUUGACGGUGUCGGCCGUCGACCUGGACCAAGGAUCUAAUGGGAAGGUGACGUACGGUGGCGUCUCAGUGGAAGGUUUUACCAUCGAUCCUGUGACGGGCGUCAUCAGCACCACUCGGUCGCUCGACAGGGAGGUGCGGGAGUACUACACUGUUACAGUUUAUGCAAAGGACGGAGGCCUUCCCCCAAACUACGCCAAAGCCACCGUGAUGAUCCGUGUGCUGGAUGAGAACGACAACGCCCCCGUCUUUGGACGCCAGUACUACGCCAUCGAGGUGCCGGAGAACAUGGACUCUCGCCUCCUUUUCACACUGCGAGCCACCGACCAGGAUGCGGGAGAUGGAGGGAAAAUAAACUACAGAAUUACGGCCGGAGACCCCGCGGGCGAUUUCCACUUGGACAGGCAAUCAGGUGCGCUGUCCACCUCCGGCCCUCUGGAUCGAGAAAAGAGAGCCAGAUACACGCUGACGGUGGCCGCCCAGGAUCAGGGCCGCCCGCCGCGCAGCGGCAGCGCCACGGUGGAGGUGACCGUCAUGGACGUCAACGACCACAGCCCGCAGUUUAGCAGCAACGGCUACACGGCGGACGUGUCCGAAGACGUGCCCGUGGGCUCUUUGGUUCUGGUCGUGAAAGCCGCCGAUCUGGACGAGGGCCUCAACGGCCAGGUGGUCUACUUCCUGAGCCAGGGCACUGAUAGCAUGUUCGUCAUCGAUCAGAACACGGGCCGUAUCAUCACGGCGGCGCUUCUCGACAGAGAGCGGACCGCCUCAUACACCUUCGAGGUGUGCGCGGCUGACUCGUCGCCUUCCGACCCUCGCAACGCCACCGCCCGGGUCACCGUCCACAUUCAGGACGUCAACGACAACGCCCCUUUCUUCAUUCAGGACCCGCUUAUUUUGAACAUUUCCGCCAGCGGCCCGUCGGGCCCGAGAGUGUUAGCCACCAUGAGGGCCGAGGACAAGGACUUUGGGGCCAACGGCUCCGUCUUUUAUCGCUUCGCUAACUCCGCGAGGGGUUUCGCCAUCAACUCUCUGACGGGAGCCAUUCAAGCCACCGAGAAUCUGCAGGCGCUGACCCAAAGCCAGAGGACUUUGAUCGUGCAGGCUAUGGAUCAAGGCAACCCGGCUCAGUCCUCCCUGGGGGUGGUUGUCGUUUAUAUCAAGGAGCAGACCUACAGAGGGAUUCGCUUCUCUCGCACGGCCCGCGACGUCAGCCUGCAGGAGAAUGCCGCCAAAGGCACGGCGGUAACCCAGGCCCAAGCCCGCUACCCAGAUGGCUCUCAAAGCGGGGUCAGCUACAGUCUUUUCAGCGGAAACAAGUUGCAAUCCUUCGGAAUAAACACCAUUACCGGUGAAAUAUGGGUCCGGAAAUCCGAAGGGCUGGACUACGAGGAGACCCCCAAACUGCGCCUGGUGGUGAAAGCCGAGACGGCGUCCUCCAGCUCCUACAUGGCGGUCAACUUAAUCCUGCAGGACGUCAAUGACAAUUUGCCUCGCUUCCAGCUCCAGAACUACGUGGCUUAUAUCCGAGAGGCGCAGGGUCACGAUUUUCCCAUUAUCCAGGUUGCGGCAAACGACUUGGACCAGGGACAAAAUGGCCAGGUGACAUAUUCCAUUCGGCCGUCGUCUAUGAGCAGUCUGUUCAAGAUCGACCCGCUGACUGGCAGCAUCAGCACCACGGCCAUCAUGGACAGAGAGAUCUGGAUGCAAACAAAGCUUGUCGUCACGGCCACGGACCGUGGGACCCCGCGACUGGCUGGCUCCGCCACUCUGACAGUGAUCAUCAUCGAUCUGAACGACAACAGGCCCAUGAUUCCUCUGCCUCGGGAAAUCAGAGUACCUGAGGACACCCUGAUAGGCACGGUUAUCAGUCAAGUGACCGGAAACGACGUGGAUUCCGGCCCGGCGCUUUCCUACACGCUCCACCUGGAUGGCGACAGCCAGGGCGCGUUCGGAAUCCACUGCUACGGCGGCGCCGUGUCUCUGACAAAAGCACUGGACUACGAGGAGAGAACGUGGUACACCCUGACCAUCCGAUCGUCUGACUCGGAACAUCAGAGCGAAGCCAAUCUGACCGUGUUGGUGGAAGACGUCAACGACAACGCACCCGUCUUCACCCAGGAUUUAUAUCAGGUGACGGUAUCGGAGCAUCUCCCAGAAGGCAGCGCUCUCAUCACCGUAACAGCCACUGACCGGGACUCCGGGGACAACGGGAAGAUCACGUACCGGGUCGCGUCGUCCACAAGGGGCGUCUUCUCCAUUGACCCGAGCAACGGCACUCUGUUUGUCAACCAAAAAACCGAAUUGGACUUUGAAAAUCCCUCCAUCCUCGUCGUCGUCGAGGCUCGAGACCGGGGCACUCCGUCCCUCUCGUCCGUCACUACCGUCCAAGUCCAAGUGUCCGAUAUCAACGACAACGCCCCCGUCUUUGUUCAGUCCGAGUACAGAGCUUCCGUGUCCGAAGACGAGCUUCCCGGCUCCACAGUUCUGAGCUUAGAGGCGUCGGACGGGGACCUGUCGCGUGACAACAGCGGUUUUGAUUUCGCCAUCGCCAGCGGCAACUCCGGUAACGCCUUCCAGAUUGAAAGCAGCGUGCGCUUCUUGGAAGGCAGGGGCUUCCAGACGGUGGGAAGCCUGAUCCUGGUGGAAGAUCUGGAUUUCGAAUCCGUGUCAAGUUAUAACUUGACCGUGGUGGUAUCGGAUCGCGGGAUCCCGCAGCGCAGCUCCUGCGUGCCGAUCCUCAUCACCGUUACCGACGUCAACGACAACCCUCCGGCUUUCGCCCGAGGAGAGUACGGCGUGGUGCUGAGCGAGAGCGCCGCGGCGGGAACGGAGGUGCUGCAUCUGUCCGCCAGCGAUCCAGACUCUGCUCCCAAUGGGGAGGUGCAGUACUCCAUAAGCUCAGGAGACAAGUCGGGCCUUUUCCAGGUGGAGCCCUGGACCGGGGCAUUGAAGCUCCGGCGACCUCUGGCCGGUGAGAGCCAGUUGUCCCACGUGAUGGUGGUCCAAGCUACCGACGGCUCGGGACACUUCGCCUUUGCCCCGGUCAGCAUCGACGUGAAAGACGUCAACGAUCACCGGCCCUUCUUUCCGCUCGCUCGCGUCACCGCCAGCGUCAGGGAGAAUCAGCCCCAAAACGCCUUUGUGACCACGCUGCACGCCAUCGACCGUGACAGGGGGGUCUUUGGAAAGUUGCGCUACUACAUGCUGGAGGACCCUCAGGACGGAACGGAAGCCUUCUUCAUCAACCAAACAUCGGGGGAAGUGCGGACCCGAUCCGCUUUUGACUUUGAGAAAGUGAACUCCUUCAAUUUCGUGGUCGCGGCCAUCGACGCCGCCAACUAUUCUGCUACCGUCACAGUGCAGAUUUAUGUCUCCGGGGAAGAUGAAUACGAUCCGGUUUUCACCUCCGGCGAGUUCUCGUUUCAAGUGCCCGAGGACGCAAAGAAAGGUCAGGUCAUUGGCAAAGUGCAAGCCGCAGAUGAAGACGGCGGCCUGGACGGCGUCGUUUUGUACUCGCUGUCGGGCGCUUCGCCGUAUUUUGAAGUCAAUAAAUCGACGGGCGCCAUCUCGCUCAAGAUGGACAGCUACGGCAGACGCGCGAGCCGCUCCAAAAGAGAAGUGCGCCUCAUGACGCUGGACCUGAUGGCCCACAGCCCCCUGGAGACUUCGCGCACGGCCACCGCCAAAGUGACGGUGGACGUAAGCCACACCUCUUUCGGCCUCGCCUCGGACGUGAACUUGCUGCUCGUCGGCGUCGUCGCUGUGUCUCUCGGAACAAUCGUCAUCCUCUGCGUCAUCGCCGUGGCGCUCUUUUUUGUCAAACUGAGGCGCCGGAGGAAAGAACAAAAAAGACACCGACGAACCAAGGCCUCGGCCACCGCACUGCACAAGUUUGAGGAGACGAAAAUAGCCGCCGAUGAGAUUAUUUAUCACCAGGCCCUUCCCGGGUACGCCGGCGAUCAGAGCGGCGGCGGCGGCGGCGGGGGUCCGUACACUCGCGGGGGAUCCUUGGACCCCUCCCACUCCAGCGGCCGCGGCUCGGCGGAGGCCGAGGCGGCGGAAGACGAUGAGAUCAGGAUGAUCAACGAAUAUCCUCGCGUGUCCAGCAUCUCCUCCUCCAUGCAGGAACGCAUCUCCGCCCGGGGUCCCGACUCCGGGAUCCAGCAAGACGCAGACCAGUUAUCGGAUGUGUCUUGUGAGCCCUCUACCGAUUGGUUCAAAGGGAAGAAAAUGGGCAGCCUGAAUAGUACCCUGCUCGCCGGGCAGGUGCCGAUCUACCGAGAUGAGGGCGGAGGGUAUGUGGGCAUGGGGCGGAGUCUCAGUGUCUCCCACCAUAAGGACUAUAUAUUUCCCGAGGACGGGAAGCCGCCCGUGGACGGCUCCUUGACCGCCAUCGUGGCCAGCGACGAGGAACUGAGGGGCAGCUACAACUGGGACUACCUGCUCAACUGGUGCCCCCAGUUCCAACCUUUAGCCAGCGUUUUCACCGAAAUCGCACGUUUAAAAGACGAAACGGCUCCCCCGCAUCCUCGCCGCUCCUUCCACCGCAAGAGCAAAGCAGAGUCCCGAAUCGAUCCGCCUCCGCUCAUCACCUCCGUGGCGCAUCCUAGCGCAAAAACUGUACCGCCCAAGCCCGCCGCGGGGAGGACCUUCCCCCACCUGUCGACUUUCCGAAGGUCCCCCCUCAGCAGCGAGGGAUCCAUCUGCUCGGUGGCCAUGUCCCCGAGUUUCUCCCCGUCCCUGUCGCCGCUGGCGGCGCGCUCUCCGGCCGUCACGCCCUUUAGCGUCUCCCAGGGCCCUUCGGCGUCCGUCAUCAGCGCGACGGAACACAAUCUGGAGCACGUUGACGAGGCUGAACUGAGGAUUUGAACUUUUAGAGACCGUCUGAAACCGCGGGCUUACACUUUAUGACCGCAGCCACUUACUGUACGUGCUUUGGCAAGCAUUUCGGCCAGCGUGUGUGCUGGAAGACAAACUGAAAUGGCCACAAUGGACUUCGGGCCACGAUGGACUAUGUUCUGAUCCCGAACGUUAUCCUCCUCUUGGUCCAUGAUGAUUUGUACAUUAAAAUAGGGGAGGGGUGGGGUUCAAACAUGAUGUCAAUAUUUUGUAGAAAAGGCAUUGUCUAUAUUUUUAUACUUGCAUAUGGUUUUCUCACAAGAACAUGGCAUUCGAGUCGCAAAGGGUUAUUGGGAAGAAAAACAAAAUCCUCCACCGUCCUGUUUUAUAUUUGUAUAUUCGUAGCUUGUACUGUAUCCGCGUUUGUACUGUAACUUUCAUUUGUUUUUGUCGUUAAGAUCUUCCAGAUGUUGCUUCAGAUUAUUAUAAAUUGAUUUCGACCUGGACAUCUCUGCUUGCGCUUACGCUUCAAUUCACUCACUUCAAUUUAUCACACAGGAGCUGGCCUUCCCACUUCUCCUUGUACACCAUUAGAAGGUGAUUUCAUGAAAGGGAGUUCAAAAAGUCAUAUAUUUUUUAACAUGAUACAACGUAAGCUCCAAAGCAUUGCUGCUAAGCUUUAAAAAAAAUCGAUAUUUUAUCCCAAAUUUGACUUUCAAAUGACGGCAAAUGAGGACCAUCGCCGAAUGUUCUGAACUGAACACAUAGAAUGUUUUAUCCUUGGCCAUAAUUCACCAUGACAGUUGCCUGCCAUUUAAAGAAUUAUUCGAUUUACUUUCCCAUAUUCCCCAGCGUUUAAUUCUUCAAGACUUUAAAUAGCACGCUUGGAUUUCGGGGCUACUUUAUUAUUUAUUGUGUAGGCAGUCCUCGGAAGCUUCAGAGGUUGCAUGUAAAUUAUGAUGAAGAACCGUGGCAAGUAAACAUGACCAGAUAUAUCCGUUCAUCGACUUAAGGUACCUUAUGACUUUUUUUUUUUCUGUGUGUGGACCUGUGUCACUUCCGGAGGAAUGUGUUACGCUCAAGUGCCUGAUGAAAGAAAUUUGAUGUAAACGCGGUCAAUCUUAUGUCUUAAAUUUGAUAUUAAAAUAAAAUGUGUGUCCACAUU